AUGUUGAAGAUCAACGAGAACGGGUCCUGUCAACGCAUCGGCCUCGAUGGUCAGGCAGUGGAAGGUGAAGAGCCCAGAAAAAUCGAAGAAUUUGGUGCUGGUGGUCUCGAUCAUGCCUUGAAAAGCAUUCCGAAAGAGGGAGAAGCUCAUGAAGUGACUGCCGUGAGAGGAAAGUUCAGCACAGUAAAGCUUGACAAGGUGAGUUCAGACAUUUUCAGAGUUUGA